UCAUAACCUGCUGAGUGAACUUCCCAGUUUUGAGCGUUUUGAGUCCAGGAUGGCCGUGCCUGGGAGUCCCGGGCUGCUCCGGGUUUUGUGGCUGUUAGCGGUGUUUGGGGCGGUGUCCUCUCUGGACUCCGGCAUGCUGUUCCCCCGGGAGUCCUCCUCCAGGGAGGUGAAGGAGCUGAGCGGGCUGUGGGGCUUCAGGGCGGACAAGUCACCGGACAGGAAGCAGGGCUUUGACGAGGCAUGGUACAAACGACCACUGGCAGAGUCCGGCCCAGUGAUUGACAUGCCAGUUCCUGCCAGCUACAACGACAUCACUCAGGACCCGGCUCUCAGAGACUUCAUUGGCUGGGUGUGGUAUGAACGCGAGGUGGUGGUGCCGGCUCGCUGGAUCGCCGACAAAGGAACGAGAAUCGUCCUCCGAGUGGGAAGUGCUCACUAUUACUCAGUCACGUGGGUGAACGGGGUGAAAGUGACAGAGCACAAAGGUGGCCAUCUUCCCUUCGAGGCUGAGAUCGGCAGUUUGCUCCGCGCUGACCCGUUGACGCCGUGCAGGAUCACCAUCGCCGUCAACAACACUCUGACUCUGGACACACUUCCUCCAGGAACCAUCCAGCACAUGGAUGACCACACCAAGUAUCCCGAAGGAUUCUUUAUCCAAAACAUCUACUUUGAUUUUUUCAAUUAUGCUGGGAUCCACCGUGCUGUCCUGCUGUACACCACGCCUAAGGCUUACGUGGACGACAUCACCGUGGUGACGGACUUCUCUGAUAACACCGGUUUGGUGAAAUACAAAGUGUCGGUGCAAGGCGCCGCCUCGGCCUCUCUGAAGGUCACGUUGACAGACAAAGAUGGUCACUGUGUGGCCUCCUCCAGCGAGCCAUCUGGCGUGCUCACAGUUGUCGAUGUCAAGCUGUGGUGGCCGUACUUGAUGCACGAGAAUCCGGCUUACCUGUAUUCUCUGGAGGUUCGAGUUCUAGCUUCCAAUAAGGGGUCGACAUCAGAGGACGUUUAUGCUCUUCCAGUCGGCAUCCGCACGGUCAGCGUCACCAGCAGCCAGUUCCUCAUCAACAACAAGCCUUUCUACUUCCACGGGGUCAAUAAGCAUGAGGAUGCAGAUAUCCGAGGGAAAGGCUUCGACUGGCCGCUGGUCGUCAAAGACUUUAACCUAUUGAAGUGGUUGGGGGCCAACUCGUUCCGCACCAGCCACUACCCGUACGCCGAGGAGAUCCUGCAGAUGUGCGACCGUCACGGCAUCGUAGUGAUCGACGAGUGCCCGGGGGUGGGCAUCAAAGACAUACGCAGUUUUGGAAACGCCUCCCUGACCCAUCACCUGUUCGUCAUGGACGAGCUGGUGCGGCGGGACAAGAACCAUCCCUCUGUGGUCAUGUGGUCAGUGGCCAAUGAGCCGGCAGCUGAGAUGCCUCCUGCUGAAUACUACUUUAAGACGUUAAUAAAACAUACCAAAGCUCUGGACCCCACCAGGCCAGUCACUUAUAUCACUGACAGUAACUACGCCAGGGACAAGGGGGCGCCCUUUGUGGAUGUGAUCUGUGUGAACAGUUACUUCUCCUGGUACCAUGACCCAGGACACCUGGAGGUCAUCCCCAUCCAGCUCAGCACCCAGUUCGAGAGCUGGUAUGGAAAGUACCAGAAACCCAUCAUCCAGAGCGAGUACGGAGCCGACGCCGUGCCUGGGCUCCACAAUGACCCGCCCAUGAUGUUUACAGAAGAGUACCAGAAGGCCGUCCUGCAGAGCUACCACCGCGUCUUCGACCAGAAGAGGAAACAAUACGUCAUCGGGGAGCUCAUCUGGAACUUUGCAGACUUCAUGACCGCACAAGGGAUCACUCGUGUGGUGGGGAACAAGAAGGGUAUCUUCAGCCGUCAGAGGCAGCCUAAGUCAACGGCGUUCAUCCUGAAGGAGAGAUACUGGAGACUGGCCAACGAAACGGGAAAACUACCCGUUUGGACCAAGUACCCCUGCUCACUCUGACCCCCCCACAGUGUGAGCACCGUGGACCAGGAGUCAGGACUGAAACUGUACACCUGAUGAGAAAGACAGUUUUACUAAAGCGCACACAGACACAACACUUAAAGAAACGCUGUUCUGCAGAAUGAACUAAAACAGUACAAUGAUCUGGGAUUUUAAUAACAGCCUGUCCUAACAGCACGCCGCAUCAGCGAGUCUGUUAUUUACUAGUGGGAGUGUUGUAACAGCCCGUGAGCGAUGCUGCGCUCCUCUUUUCCUCUCCGUCGCUCACGUAGAUGGGCGAGGAAGGAGGAGGCACCUACACUCUCUUUCCUCCCUCAGCUGAGCUCGUUAGCUAUUUGUACAAAGUGGAGAUAACGGUGCAUUAAUAAUAUCUACGAUCCAUGAUUAAAAUUUUGACCUUUGUCAACAUCGGAGAAAUCUUCAUUCAGCCCACUGUGAGUCGUUUAUUGACGAGCCUCUCCGAGUGUUGAAAUUUGAGUCAGCAAAUCGUCAAUACAAAGCACCGUACUUCAGUUUGUCCACCUUCAAAAUAAAAGCACCGUACUUCAGUUUGUCAACCUUCAAAAUAAAAGCUCAACACUUCAGUUCGUCCACCUUCAAAAUAAAAGCACCAGAUGUCAGACUGUUUGCAAGGGGAAACUGAAAUUCUCAGAGCAGACAAUGAAAUAUUUUACUGAUUUAAUGUGGACAGCGAGCGUGCGAAAAUCUGCGUGCUGUCAGGACACGCUGUUAGUCUGAGAGACUUUUAGCACGUGAAAAGUCGCCUCUGCUGCUUUCUUUAUGUUGCAAUUCACGUUUGAUGGACAAUAAAUAUAUUUUUGAUAUCUGUUCCUAAAGAGACGCCUGAGUGAAGGUUUAUAAAGUGAUUUAGCGUCACAGGAUGAACGUCGACAUAUUUGUGAGGUGUUAUGAGAGCUCCACCUCACCAUCUCUUCAACUUCAAAAUAAACGUUUUAAAGAUUAUUUUAGCAGUUUGAUAUCACGACCGAGGUGAACGCUUCUGUCACUUCUGUGCGUUGUUGUUCUGUGUUUGAGCGUCUCUCAAGGAUUAAAGAACGUAACAGCUUUAAUCAGAAUGUGAACGACGAUGCUGAAAAUAAUCAAAGAAUGUUUUUAUUUUUAUAUGUGUGUAAAUCUACGAACAAAACUCUCUUUACAUGAAUCAGGAUAUUAAAGACUGAACAAAGAA